UUCAGUUCUUGAUCGACAAACGAGAGAUACAGCAUUAUGGCAAGCUUUUCAUUCAUCCUCCCUGAAGACGGACAUUAUUAUAUUAAGGACAACGCAGUUAACUCAGGGUGGAUUUCAAUGGUGACCCAACUCAACACCCUUGAAGGUCCAGAGUCAGAGAGUCAGAACAUCCGUCAGAGCUUUGCAGAGAUACUUGGCGACAAGUACCACUACGCGAAUGCCAUCGACAGCUCUCUGCUCUGGACUGUUGGGUACACCCCCUACAUUCCCCCAGUUCUGAAAGGAAGAAGCUUCCCCUCUGUCGAGAGCUUCUUCCUGGAUGAGUGGGAGCCACUGACACUCCUCCAGACUCUACAGGUUAUGUCCACCAGUGUUUCCAUCGAGGAAGACAACCUGAACCAGUCGUCUGCAGGCCUAGUAUCUCAGGUUCUGUCCACCAGUGUUGCCAUUAUGGAGAAUGACCUAAUCCAGUCUGCUGCAGGCCUAGUGUCUCAGGUUCUGUCCACCAGUGUUUCCAUUGUGGAGAAUGACCUGAUCCAGUCUGCUGCAGGCCUAGUAUCUCAGGUUCUGUCCACCAGUGUUUCCAUUGUGGAGAAUGACCUGAUCCAGUCUGCUGCAGGCCUAGUAUCUCAGGUUCUGUCUACCAGUGUUUCCAUCGUGGAGAAUGACCGGUUCCAGUCUGCUACAAAUCUAGUGUCUCAGGAUGAGGACUCCACCCUGAGAGCCUCCAACCAACCUGAGGUCCAUGUGGCUGAUGUGUCAACCAAGGGAAGUAGACUUACCAUCACUAUUUCUAUGGGUUCAACCAAGAGUAGCCAUGUUGCUUUACGUGAAGUUGAUGCUAGUGCUACCAGCCUGGAGCAGUGUGCUGAGAAAAUGUCUACCUCUACUACUGAUGUCAACGACAUCUCAUCAACUGCUGCUGCCAAGAAGAAGAAGAGGUGUGGAUUAUUCUCAUCUCUCUGGAGAGCUCUCAGGGGGAAGAACAAGAAGCCUGCUAAAGUGGCUUCCAAGAAAGAGGAUGAAAUCAACAAGGAUGAGAGCCGCCUCACCUGCCACCACAACACUAUACAGGGAGAUCACUGAUGCAGGCACCAACAAUGGUGUUUC